GGCCGGCUCCAUUGAUGGACUUACCACUCAACUCUGAUUCACCGGAUUAACUCGUACAGCUGGAAUAUCAGUCACCCGGUUAAAGAGCGGUGGUCCAUUUGGUGAAGCGCUCUCUUUUUAGGCCUUUUAGGCCUCUAUUAUUUGUUCACGCGCCAUGGCAAACUCGUGUCUUCAACUGAGCGGCUUCCUCGUCAGCUGCGUCGGCUGGCUGGGCAUCGUGAUCGCCAUCUCCACCAACGACUGGGUGAUCAUGUGCAAAUACGGCUUGAACACGUGCAAGAAGAUGGACGAGCUGGAAGCCAAGGGACCCUGGGCGGAGUGCGUCAUCUCCACGGGACUCUACCACUGCUACUCCCUAUCGCAGAUCCUGGAGCUGCCAGCCUACAUCCAGACGACCCGCGCCCUGAUGAUCACGGGCUCCAUCCUCGGCCUCCCCGCGGUGGCCAUGAUCCUCAUGUCCAUGCCCUGCAUCAGCUGUGGCAACGAGGCCCAGAGCUCCAAGAACAAACGCACCGUCUUGGGGGGCGUGCUCGUGCUGGUAGUCGCACUGUGCGGUCUGGUGUCCACGGUGUGGUUCCCCAUCGGCGCUCACCACGAGCGCGGCCUCAUGUCGUUCGGCUUCUCCCUCUACACCGGAUGGGUGGGCAGCAUCUUCUCCCUCCUGGGCGGGUGCAUUCUCACCUGCUGCUCCUCGGACUCCGCCUCCUCGCCCCGCCCCUACCAGGACAACAACCGCUUCUACUACUCCAAGCAGGGGGGCGGGAACCCGCCGGACGCCGCGUCCUCCAAUCACGCCAAGAGCGCCCACGUCUAAGCGCCGAGACAUCCCCCCCCCCCC